AUGGGGGCGAGGCGGGCGGCCCCGCGGGGAGAGGCCGGGGGCGGGUGCGGGCGGCCGGGGCCUAGCGCUCAGCCGGGCGCCGCCGCCGCCGCCAUCGCGGCCGCCGCUCCCGCGGGGCGGGGGAACGGGGCCGCGGUCGGGUGCUCACCUGCCCGUCCUCGGCGGCGCGGGUGGGAGAAGGAGGGGGAGAGGGAAGGAAGCGGGGGCCCCCCCCGCUCCUCCCGGAGCCUCGGCGACCCGGGGAGGGAAGGGGGGGAGGAGGGGAAGGGAGGAGGGAAGAGGAGCAGGAGGAGGGAGCCGGGCGCUCCGGUGCGUGCGAGGAGCCGGAGCCUGGCGGCGGGAGGAGGAGACUCCCCGCCCCUACGGCCGGGCUCUCUGGCGGGCACCUCCGGCCCCUCCUCCGCCGCGCUCCGCCUCGCCCCGCUGCCUGCGGGCGCUCGGGUGAGGCGAGGCAAGGCGCGGCGAGGCGAGGUGAGGCGCCGAGAAGCUCCCAGCAGCUCCGCGCCCGAUCAGAGGCCGCGGGGAGGAGCCGGGCAGCCCCAUCCUCGGCGGCGCCGCGCACCGAGCCAACAUGGUGGCGGCCGCGCGGGGCGGAGGGGAGGCGAGGGGCAGCCCCCGAUCGGGGCCUUUCGGGGAGGGCUGCCCGGAGCCCGGCUGCCUUCCUCCUGCUUGAUGAUGUUCAGGAUGAGGAAGGAGGAGCUGCACUCAUCUGCUGUAGCAUGUGUGGAAAACAGCGUGAGAUGCUGCUGCUGUCGUUUGCUGCUACCAGGUGCUGGGUACCAUUUCCUGACCAGUGUUCAGGCAAGAUCAGUGUCUGUGAACUCAUCAGCUGCACUGCAUUUCUGGUAUUCCAGGAAAAAUGCUGCUGUUAAGGCUGCUGCUUUGUCCUGCACUGUCAUCAGCCCGCUUCUUGAAGAGCUGGCUCUCAAGUGGGGAAACAAGAAGAGCAAAACCCAGCCAGAGCCCCCUGCACAAGUGUUUGUGCUGGGGAUACAUCACAGCUUUUUGGAACUUUUAAUGUUUGUAUUCUUCAAAAGGGGGGAAAAAAACUGCUACAUUCAGCAGAAAGCUCUCUAUAUACCGUGAACUCAGAACUGAAAGCUAUAAAAAUGACAAAUUCUAAUUUUUUUUUUUUUUUGUGGAGCGGAGAGCUUUUAUCAACAUCUGUUUCUCUGAAUUUUGAGUUACUCUUAAAAAAUGGAGCUGAUGGGUAUUCCUUAAUUUCCCUUAAGUAUAUAAGUAAUUGAUCCUGUUGGUUUGGAGAACUACAAAACUGUGGUGGGAAUAUAAAAAUCUUUGAUUUUUUUUUUUAAAUAAUAUAUUACUUCACUAUUUCCUUUCAGUCUCUACAUUUCUUUAAAUAGUCUGUAGCAGCCAAAUAAUGUAAUGUAACUGAUAUUUCACUGUUCAUAGAAUAAACUGUAAUUAUAUGAUAAAAGGAUGCAUUUAUCAUUCUCAUAAUGGGACAAAAUUAAUAACAUGGAAACAAAUACAGUUAAAGAAAAUAAGAGAAAUACUAACUCAAAAAUAUGUGGCAUUAAAGGUUACAUUAAUGCUGCUUCCUUCUGCUUGUUUUUCCUUUCACUUUUGGUUAAAAAGGGAUUUUCCAAAGCACAGGAAUUUGCUUAUCCUAUUCCUAGUUCUUUGAAAACAGAGCGUAUUGAAAAUCAGACUGUUCCACACUGUCCUAUAUU